CCUCAACCUUCUGCGCUUCUCAAUCCCUUCCUUUGCUCCCUGUUCAACAUUAGUUCCUACUAAUUUUUUAUUAAAAAAUGUGUCAACUGGCUUCCUCCUCUUAUCCCUGCAAUUGCAAUCCACCUCACUCAUACCGUCUGCCGAACAAAGACGACCCUGAAAAUCCCAACAUACACACGCCAUUGAUAACGAAGGCCCCAGAAAUUGAGCCCGAAAAUGCUGAGAUGAGUCCUGUAGUCAAGGAAGCAAUAUCCAUUGCUAAAAUAGCAUUUCCCAUGAUACUAACAGGCCUCAUGCUCUACCUCCGCCCAUUGAUAUCCAUGAUCUUUCUUGGCCGUCAAGGCGAGCUGGCCUUAGCUGGUGGUUCACUAGCUAUUGUAUUUGCUAAUAUCACUGGCUACUCCAUUCUUUCCGGGCUUGCCAUGGGAAUGGAAUGCUUCUGUGUUCAAGCUUUUGGUGCCAAGAGUUACAAACUUCUAGGCCUCACCUUGCAAAGAACAGUACUUCUUCUCAUUUUUACCUCAAUUCCCAUUUCUCUUCUUUGGCUAAAUAUGAAAAGAAUCCUACUCUUCUGCGGGCAAGAUGAAAGUAUUGCAGCAGAAGCACAAUUAUACCUUCUUUACUCUCUCCCUGACCUCUUAGCCCAAUCUCUUCUGAACCCAUUGAGAAUCUAUCUCCGAACUCAAUCCAUAACUCUGCCUCUAACCUUCUGUGCAAUUUUGUCCCUCCUUUUUCACAUACCCAUUAAUUACUUCCUAGUCUCACACUUUGAAUUGGGGGUCAAAGGAGUUGCCCUCAGUGGGGUGUUGACAAACUUCAAUCUCGUAGCCUUGAUAGUCCUUUAUAUCCUCAUCUCCCGCGUCCAUGAAAAGACGUGGGGAGGUUUCUCGAUGGAAUGCUUCAAAGAAUGGAAGACUCUGCUCAAUCUGGCAAUUCCCAGCUGCAUUUCCGUUUGCCUUGAAUGGUGGUGGUACGAGAUCAUGAUCUUGCUCUGCGGAUUGUUGAUUAACCCAAGAGACACCGUUGCUUCAAUGGGGAUUCUGAUUCAAACCACAUCGCUAAUUUACAUUUUCCCAUCAUCUCUUAGCUUCAGUGUGUCAACCAGAGUCGGAAACGAACUAGGAGCAGAGCAACCCCGAAGGGCUAGGCGCGCAGCCUUCGUUGGCCUUUCCGGUGCCAUCUUCCUUGGGUGCUCGGCGAUGGUAUUCGCAAUUACGGUUAGGCACAAAUGGGCAAUCAUGUUUACUCAAGAUGAAGUGAUUGUCAAAUUGACAUCAACGGUUCUGCCCAUAAUUGGGCUCUGCGAGCUCGGAAAUUGCCCGCAAACAACUGGAUGCGGCGUGCUAAGAGGCACGGCGAGGCCGAAAGUCGGGGCAAACAUAAACCUGGGGUGUUUUUACCUGGUGGGUACGCCGGUGGCUGUGGGAUUAGCAUUUUUUGCAGGGUUUGAUUUCCGGGGUCUCUGGAUGGGUCUUCUUGCUGCACAGAUGUCGUGUGCGGUGACCAUGAUGGUGGUUUUGGCUAGAACGGAUUGGAAUUUCGAGGUAGAAAGAGCCAAGACGCUUACCGGAACAGCCGCCGCUGUUGCCGCGGUGGAUGACAGUAAAAAUGCCUCGGCAGAGAAGCCACAGGAAGCUGGAAUCCAGGAAGACCCUUAGGCGAUUUAAAUUAAAAAAAAAAAAAAUCCGAUUAUUAAUAGUCCCUAGUCUACAUAAUUAACUACUUUUUUUUUUUUUUUUAUAAUUUUGGCCAAUAUAUAUAGGGUUAGAAAAAAGAAAGAGAGGGGCUUAUAUAAAAAAUUUUUUCCCUCAUAGGAUUUACCUGUCUCUUUUUAGCUACUUCCUAUGAAAUUAAAUCUGAAAAAAAUUCUCGAAUAACAUGGGAAGUUGCCAAAAAAAGGCUAGGGGACAUUUCACAUCCUUUCCUCUGUAUCCUGUAGUCUGUACCAUUGUGCUCUAUUUAGAAUUGUGCACUAGAUUCGCAGUGUAAAAUGGGCUCCCUUCGUUUUAGCUCCAAAUAUUAUUAUUUGUUAGAUUAAAGAUUAACUGUAAGU